AUGACAAGACCUUCCGCGCUAUUGUCUGUGUCCAAGCUGGUCUCGAAGCUUCGAGAUCCUAGUGUGAGCAAUAAACUUCGUUUUAUAGACGCUUCGUGGCAUAUGCCCGCAGCCAAGCGUGACCCAUUUCACGAGUUCAAGACAUGCCGUAUCCCAGGUGCAGGAUUUCUGGACAUCGAUAAAGUAGCCGACUUGAGUCAUGAUGUACCUCAUAUGUUACCACCACCCAAAGUAUGUUCGAGUGUAUCUGGUUGAAUCUCUAACCACUAGCUCAUGGCAUACCGACGGUGUGGUUUAUACUACUCAUUAGGAUGCGCAAAUACAUUUCAGACAAAAC